AUGAUAAAUAACAUAUCGUCGUUCGCAAUAGGAAUAUACUCUUGUACACAAAAGAAUCGAAUCUUAUUAAUUUAUAAAGUAUUUGAAUAUUUUUCUUUUGUCAUACUGAUUUUAGAACGCGCAGAAUCUUUCGUAGUGGAAUUUCAACCAGAACCGAAGAAAAAUAAUCAUUUACGUAGUAGUGAUGUUAGUUGGUCUGCUCGUUUUUCCGUCAUUGGUGCGAUUCUCGGCUUUGUUUGUCUUAUUCCUGCUAUAGUUUUGACACUGACUGGUGCUGCGACGCUCAACGAUAGUGACAAUGGUCGACUUGUUUCUGGUAUUAUUCUCUUCGCCUUCUCGAUUACAUUAAUCAUUCUGGCUUUGCUCACGUGUUGUUUGAAAUGA